CUGUUGACAUCUCACUAAAGCGCCCAUUUUACAUACAUUGAUACAACUUUCUCCUGAACUCGUGCAGUAACACGUUCCCGACAUUCUUUCCUUUCCAGUCGCGCCUAUCUUUCCUGUACAACGUGUUGGAAACGAGGUCGCAGAAAUGAAUCGUCUUCGCAAGAAAUCAGACACUAAGAGGAGCCAAUAUCCUAUUCUUUCUCCCUUGCAGACCUCUAUUCCACCGCCAUCACCUAGCGAAAACCCGCAGCUUCUUCCCGAAUUGCCUUCUGAAGACGACUUUUCGAUUCUUCCAGACUUAACUCGUCGCUUUUCUCUUCUGCGCUACUCUUCGGGUGAGCCGCUGCCGGUAGAUCUUCUGCGCUCCAGGUUGGCCGAGCAGAGAGCUCGCGGCGUCGAAAAUCAUAUUUCUGAGGAGGAAGAAGAUAUGCUUCUUGAGAGCCUUGGGCUGCGUACCAAAUACGCUACCCCGACCGACAAAACCGAGACUCCUAUGCGCCAAUCAACCCGCUCGUCGCUCACUCAUUCUCCAAGUUCUGGUCGUUCCACUAAGCGCUACAGCAAUAAUCUCUUUGGCUCUGGACGACUUAGAGAUUACUCCUAUGUUCGCAGUGCAACCUCCCCGAGUAAACAUGGUAGUUCGCGCGUUACUUCCGCAGCUCCUUCCGAAGUAUCCACAUCGACAUCAUCAGUAUUUGGCCCUUCACAUGAAUUUAGAUCAACCACGCCUGAGAACGAUGUGCUGAACAACAAACAAGCCGUGCGAUCUGCUCCUCUCAUACCUCCAGCACCGUAUGGUGAACGCAGCAUUCCUGCUUCUGCAGAGUACAGACUGUCCAAGUCUUUGGGGCCUUCAGCUUUCAAACGUGCUUCGCUGGCAUUGGAGGAAGCUAUAAGAGAACUAGAAGAAGAUGCCGAGGAUGAAAUCGUCAUGCCCCGCUCCGCCCCCAUUACGCGCGCUAAUGUCGAGGCACGGGUUAAAGACAAUCCUAAUUCUCUGCCUCCAGACGUCUACCAGGCAGGCAUGGCCAUUUCUUCUGACCACGAAGGUCAAACCGAAACGGAGGAGAAGCGGAUGUCACCUAUACCUUCGCGUAUUCUUCCAGGUUACAUACCAGGAAUGCCUCGUCCAAUGACACCGCGCGAAGACAUGGACAACGACAUGUUACGAUCACAUUCAAUUACCCCCCGCGCUGCUACCGUUACGAAUCCCAACGAUCCAACUGCGUUUUAUCCGGAUAUGCCCAAUACGCCGACACCUCCCCCAGUAAUUCCGGAACAUGUCGGACAGAGCUCAUCUUCGUCCUUCUCUUCGAAACCAUCUCGUCCAAUGUCGCCACCUUUCCUCCAACGGAGUCCAGUUGAUCCUGCGCAACGUGGCGAACGUGGCGUGGAAUUGAUAGACUUCGGUUCUUCUGCCGUGCCUGGUCGUAGACGUCCUGCGUCACCACUUUCAGGGCCAUCCUAUCAACCUUUCACCGCUGCCGCGGUUUCUACCUCCAGACCAGGCACGCCUUCCAACGUAACCUGGACGAUACCUGCUUCCAAAUCUUCACCUCAGAAAAGCUCUGGCCACAAUCGUAACGGUAGUUGGUUCAGUGAUGCAGAAGGCAGUACAGAUCCCCAUGGCGGCUACUCGACGUCGAAUGGUCAUUCAAAAUCUGCAUCUGCUUCGCGAUCUUUACGAUCACCUGCUCUACCCGAUUCUCCCAUACUGGAACGCGGUCAUGCGAAUACUGCUUAUUUUGGCGGCACUUACCCGUACGACAAUCGACCUCCGUCAACCAUUUCAGGCAUUGAUCUCAACUCACCUACUUCCAACCGUCCUAUGCGAUCCCCUACCCCCACUCAAUCCCCGGCUCGGUCUCCGACAUCUCCAACCUUUUCAGGUGUAGAUGGGUCACCAAAACAUAGCAGGCGAUCAUCGAAACAGAAUGGAACAUCUGUUCCCUUCUCACUCGCUCCUUACAAUCCUGUUCUAUUCUCUCCCCUGGCGAACUCAUCACGAUCAUCUCUAGAAUCUACAGGAUCUAGUUAUCACUCCUGGGAAGCGGACAAAUUUUUGUUUGUUGAUGCCGACUCACAGGUUCCACCUUGGCAUGAUCUGUCUCUUUCGUCUCAGUCCAGCUCUACUACUCCUGCAGGUUCACCAGAUACGGAGUGGAACCCUGAAGACGUUAUAGGAAGUUAUGCAGGCUUGCAUAAGUUGGACUUCGCUGCUAUCCAAGAGACCUUGGUUAGCGCGGUUGCAUCCAAAAAUAUGACUGUAUCUGAGACCCGAGAACGUGUUCCUUCAUUACGGAGGCGUCGUCCGUCGACUUCACAGUCAAACUAUUCUCUCAACUACACGAUCACGACUCCGUCUCCUCAACAAUCACAACCUAUGGAUGGGUCUUCUGCGAUGAACAGCGAUCAGAUCUCCAAAGCCAGCGCAUUGCUCAAUUCGGUACUGGAGAGUAUAAAUACACAGCACAAUGAUGUUUCUUAUGAUUCGUCAUCUCCUGCGAUCAACACUGCGGAUACCCCGUCGGCCUCUCAAGACGUAUCUCCCACAACGCGCAGAAAUCGUGACCUUGCCCAAAUACUCUUCGGCGAGGAUACACAUGAAGGGUCGCCCCCCGCAGGCGCAUCGUCUCCGGAAGAUGAUAGCCUGCAACCUAAAACAUUCAAAGAAAAAGAGCUCACCACUACAUUACCGCUCAAUGUAACGACUUCGUCUUUGGAUACCUCAACCAUAGGUCUCUCGUCACCGUCACAAUCAGCGCUUUACAAUCCUCUGCGUAGUCCCUCGACUCCGCAUAUCCCGCAAACAUCCGAGGCACAGGCAGAGCUUGCACGCGAAAUUCAGCGCAAGACAGAUGCUGCCAUGUUAGCUCUUCGAAAGCGGCCUUCUAAUUCCAAUCUAUCGAAAGAAGGACUUGUAUCACCAGGACCGGUCCGAAAGAAGUUCAAUACAAAUCAAAUAUCUACACCUACUCUGCUUUCCGCUUCGACCAGUGUCGAUACGAUACCCCUACGCACCCCGCAGUUUACAAGUGCUACUUCCUCUGGCCCACCUUCAAAAAUUGCUUCUCGUUUCAGAAAGCUCAGAGGAACCCUACGAAAGGGUAAUAUACCCAUUGAAGAAAUUAAAGUCACUCCUUACCCAUUGGAUGUAAAAUCCAACCCAUCAUCUCAUGGUAGCCAACCCCAAUUCGCUCGCUACGACUCGUCCAAGCUUCAUCCUAUGGAUUCGGCAGUCAGCGCUACCGAAAUUGGCCGAUUCCGAGUACCAGCUGUACCAGUACCUAGUCCGCCCGCUUCAGCCGGACCAGGAUUAAAAGGAUUUAUGGCUCGGUUUAGAGGUAAAGUGCGUACUGCAGACUCUGUUGAAUACAAGGGCCAGCAACUUCGUCCUUCACCGUACCAAAUGUCCCCAGUUCAGAAUCCGCUUUCUCUUUCGAACUCUCCUCUGACAGAGGAAGUAAAGCCGGAAAGAGAAAUCAACGCUCAAUUGUUACAUCCAUCCCAGUCACCGUCUUCAUCAUCGCAACCCCCUUUAACCCCACAGCUUCACAUGCACCCUAGUGAUGAUUCAGGAGAUGGCGUAAAUCAAUAUGAAUCACAGGCAUUGAAGCAGCUGUUCAAUGCUGCAAACGAUCUUGGCCUUGAUCAAAGCAAAUUGAGCGAGCUUCUUGUUCGUUCAGGGUCUAUCUCGUCCAAGUCGACGGAUUGGACGAUGUUGACUCGUAAUAACUCGUCUGCCACUAAAUCGAGACAGGAAAGUCGUGACGAACGUCAGUUCCAAAGUCCCACUCCGCAAAGCGAGUGGUCCACGUUCGAGGACCCAGGUCAUCGUGCUAGUAAGAUGCCAGUUUCGCGGAAAUCAUCAAUGAAACAAAGCGAAAAUGUUGGGGUCCGCCGGCCUCGCCAACGUGGACCAGAUGAUACAAAUACUGUUAUCCGGAGAACUAUCAUCUAUCCCGAGGAUCGUGGGGUUUCUGUUGCAGAUCUCAAUGCGUUGGGGAGAAAGAAUUCUUCCCAUCGUCGCCGAGCUAGUGCGAUAAGUGCCACUUCAUCCAAUCGUUCAAUCCAUGAAAGAGUACCAACACCGCCGCCUCCACAUUCACCGACUGGUAAACGGUUUUCUGCUGACGAAUCUCCUCCUGUCCCCCAGCUUCCUCAAUCUUGGGCAGCUCGGAUGGAUAAAGGCCUAGCGGUUCCUUCUGCUGGCGGACAGUCGAACACACCAUAUGACUCGGUAUAUGACAUGUAUACAGGUGAAAAGGGCUCUCAGUCAGCGCCUGCAGAAGGCAGUGGUUCAUCUGAUCCUGGUCCAGCGUUAGAAGUGAUUGAGCUCGCCAACGGGGAAACCAUCUGGUCAAUUGUCAAUGGUCUUCGUGAUGACGAUGUAGAGUCGUUGUAUGCGGGCCGAACCAGCUUCCAGUCUGAUUACGAUAAUGAUGAAGGCGUUCAGGUUUUCGUUAAAGAUCACACGAGGACUGGAUCCAAAGGAAGUAAUUCCUCAUAUCUAUCGCGGAGAAAGAUCGUUCAAGGGAAGAACAGACCCGAAACAAAAGUUUACUAUACCUCCUCUGCGCAGAUAGGACGUUUGAUUGAGAACCUAUCGCAAGGUAUGGACGCAGGAGCUUUCAACUUUUCGCAAGGACAGGCCGAAUAUUCCAAUUCAGCGACAUCUUCGAUGACCGGGCAUACUGGUACUGAUUAUUUGACCGUCGAGGAGCGCCUUGAGCAUAUGUUAGGUGCUAUGAAAACUGCUUGACUGCUAAUUUAUUUUCUUUCACUCCAUAUAUUUUUAAAUAAAAAUCAAUGUCUAUGG